AUGUCGACAGCACCCGUACGAACACGUUCUCUUCGAAAACCCGCAGACCCUGGUAGCAGAUAUGGCAGACCGUCCACCGCUGCGGUAGACUCCACUGAGAAGAAUGCCGUAAACCAGUCGGCAGCUGGGGUUCAGACCAGGAACAGCCAAUCCCCCAGUCGGCUUCCCGUGAAGCCUACGACGAGAAGUACUUCGACAAUUUCGCGCCCACCUAGUUCUAGCAGUAGCAUAUCAAAUAAGCCGUUGAUGCGGCCUCCAUCUUCAAGUUCCAGCAGAACCAAACCCGCCGCAGACAGCUUACAGAGACGGCCCUCGACAACGAGCUCUACUUCCCAACCCUCGAAUACAGAACCAGUGAAGAAGGACCGUUCGAGACCUCCUCUUGUACAAUCUCGACAUCUACGAAAUGCAUCUACUAGCACCAUAUCAUCCAAGCAUACUACGCGAGCUCAAGGACACGCACGCAAUAAAUCAUCCUCUACCCUUUUGACCGCGUCUACUGCCCUUCGCCCUCCAACGCGCGAAUUGGCAGAUCAACCAACCUCAACUCGAACUUCACGUGCCGAAUCGCUGCCCAAACGGCCUGCAUUCUCUACGUUACAGCACCACUUCUCUCCCGCCAAAAAUCUAGCGCCUAAGCCUCAUCCUGCGGCAUUCCUGGCCCCUCCAUCACCCAGCAAACUACCCUCGAAUAUCGCUAUUUCUGCGGAAACAGCUAAGCUGCAGAAUGAGCUACUGCAAUUACAUAUUUUGCAUAAGGAUGCUGCUGUGAUUGCGAAUGAGUGGAGAGCUAGCGCGAAGAAGAAGUUAGGGGCGAGCUUCCACGAGGUUGUGAGGAGGAAUGAUAUGCUGGUGCAAUCCGAGGUUGAUGAAACUGCCAAAGUCAAUGCUGUCGCGUUAAAGAAGUGGCAGGAAGAUAGCACGCCUGGAUGGGGAUUGGAGGAGAGGAUACAAAUUCUUGAUGAGGUUGUGACGGGCGUGUGGAAUAUGGGAGAGCCAGGUGGGAAACAUGCUAGGCUUGUGAGGAAAUUUGAGAGAUGGCUUAGUCGGUGUCAGGGCACAUUGGCUGCUAGGGAACGAGAUGAUGGAGUUGGAGACGAUGACAUGAUAUUCCUGGAAGAACUUGAUAAAUCCUGGAAAGACGAAUGUCUAAAUUUGGGGAGAAGAUUAGAAUCGUGGAGGGACCACCUAGAACAACUGGGGUCGCUAGAAAAUGGGUCGAGCCUAGCUACUAUGGUGGAUAAUUGCUGGAAGCUUAUUAAGGGCAUGCUGAUGGAGUUGAGCGUCAUGGCACAGAUUGAGAGGGAUGCGAUGCAGCGAGAGGUUGAUUGGACUCGGAGUAUGAAUGAUGAUAUCUCGGAUGAAGAGGAUGGUAGACCCGUUGCAGGUGCCUGUUGGAGAACUGAAUAA